AACGAAAGUUGUCUCGAACACAAGCCAGUAUAACCAGAGCAUGUUACUCUGAAGCCAAUACGAAAUUCAGUUCGAAAAGUCUUUUUAAAUAAACAAGUUGCAUUCUUUUGCUAGUCACACAAUAUACGUGCUAUCCGUUUUUAUAUAUACGUCCAAAAAAAAGCAAUAGAAAUAAUAAUACGAAAGAAAAUAAGAGUUCCAAUUUAAACAUUACAUAAGAACCCACAGUGGCACGAACCAAAAAUGAAAUAUUUAAUUGUGCUAAUUUUCUUGGGAAUCGUUAUUGAAUCGAUGAUUGUUACUGGUCAACGUUCGAAUUCGAACAGCGAUAAUGUAUACGACGAACCAUCCGCCACAGUGAAGGCUGACGACAGCACCAUAGGAUACAGACGUCCAACGAACAAUUUCAAUGGACGCUUCAAGAAAGUGCUCAAAGUGAAGAAGGAACGACCGAACCUAGAACCGAUACCGGUUGGCAAACGAUUAAAUCGUACGCCGAACAGUGAAGACAGUGUGUCAGCUAGUUCAAAUAAAAAUUCGUUCACGGUCAGUAAUUACGAUGAUAAUGAUGACUAUUUCUCGCGACGACGUGCACGAUUUCUUUUCAGACAGCGAGUCGGAAAGUAGUGUAAAUGUAUAAAAUGCACCUUUAAUGUUCAAUUCGAAUUGAUUAAACUUUAUACGUUUGCUUUAAAAACCAUUUUGUUUUCUUUCUUUUUCAUUUUCCAUUGUGUAAAAAAGUGUGUGGUACCGUUUGAGGUUUGAGCAUCCAAUGAAACAAUAGCAUCGACUCGAGUAUAAAUUAUAUUACUCAUAGCUGAUUGUUAUUUUUCGAUUUUAAAAGCACAAAACAAUAUAACCAAGUCAAUAAAUUA